AUGCUGUUCAGCAAGUCUUUCUUGCUGUUGGUGGCUGCUACGACUGGUGCUGUAGCCCACGGUUCCAAUCAUGCUCAUUGGCAUAUUGCCAACGAGCGCCGUCAGGCUGCUGGUACUGUGACUGUGACUACGACCAACACUGUCAUCUACUGUCCGUGUGAUGAUUCUUAUUCGACCAUUACUCCAACAUCUACAACAGCGCUUCCAUCAACCACUGAAGUGGCUACUACUGCACUUCCAUCGACUACUGAAGUGGCUACCACUACUGCACUUCCAUCAACCACUGAAGUCGAAGUGACUACUAGCUCGACUACAACCUCAUCAUCCUCAACUUCAACUUCAACUUUAUCCACUUCCACCACAUCGACUUCUACCUCCACUGGAACUGGUUACAACGCCGACUGGACAUCCAUUCCAAGCUCCUAUUCGACUUCCGGUUUUGGCACCGCCACCAACUCUUCAGGAUCCGGUGACACUUACACAGGAAACGUCGGCAGCCCCUACGGAAGCAACAUCAUCAUAGUCGACGGCUCCGAGGCUAAUGAGUACAAGUAUGUUCUCCAAUUUCAAGGCUCCAACACCGAGGAAUGGACAGUCGUAUUCUGGAACAAGAUCGGACCCGAUGGAGCUAUGGACGGCUGGUACGGUAACGGCUGCCUCACCUUCACCCUCGCCGUCGGUGAAACCAAGGGUGGCUGGGCUGCCGCCAAGGGUACAUCUAUUCCCACAGAUAGCUAUGGUGGAUACGCUGCCACCUGGGGUGAAUUCGACUUCGGUUCUACCAUCAACGACGGCUGGUCUGGAUUUGACGUCUCAGCUAUCCAAGCCCAAGCCGCCGAUCUCACGGUUCAGGGUAUGAAGAUCUGCUCUCAGUACAAUGUUGAUACUUGCUCCACCAUAACUGCCGACCUUGUGAGCGUUAUCAAUGCCUACACCAAGGCUUUAGCUAGCGCAGACGGUAUUGGUGGUAACCUCGUGUCAGGCCCUGUUCGUCUGGCUGUACACAUCGACUUUAGUUGA